AUGGGUGUAGAGUCAUUCAACGAUACCAUAAUUAUCUACUCCAUCACUCCAUCCAAGGGCUCCUUCAUAAACCAGGUCACCGUCUCCAACCAAGCCCCACCCUUCACAGGAACCCUACUGACAGCGACGGCGGUGAAGAACUCAAUCAUCACCUACUCUGUCUCCAAAGACAACAAAGCUUAUAUACAUGCUUUCGACACUACAACAGGCACAUGGAGUGGCGCGGGGAUUCCCUCUCCAGAAGGAAAAGGAUGGAAGAUCCUCAACACGGUCCUCGCUGUCAUCGCGUCCAUCAUCCUUAUUGGGAUCGGUUUCUGUAUCCUCAGGUGCUUUGGUAGUUGGGUGGGGACCUGCAAUAGAUGUUUGGGCCGGUUGCGAAAGAAGAACGUUCCUCAGGUAGUGCCUCAACAGCCAAUAUUUCUACCACCGCUGCCGUACAACUUCAACAGCAACAGCGACAACGACAGCAACAAUAACGCAGGCAAUAACAUUAACAAUAACACCGGCAAUAACAGUAACAAUAACACCGGCAAUAACAGCAACAAUAACACCGGCAAUAGCAGCAACAAUAUCACCGGCAACAACAACACCUACAAUACCUACAAUACCUACAACACCUACAGCGACGAAGGUCAAAACAACAACUCCAGCAACCACCAUUCCCCCAAAUCCAACAGUUCCGACAGCACCAAUAACACCCUAUUCCCGAUGGGAGCAGGAGGAAAGAAAGGGAGCGAAUCGACGGCAUCCUUGGUCAAUUCAGGACACUCUGACGACGACGACCAUGAGGACAAGAACGUGUCACCACCCAGUCCUACAUUUCAACCACAGCCUAUUCCUCCAUCGCAGUACGGCUCCCCACGCGCACCUCAGUUGGUCCCGCCACAACGCCACCCCCACGCAAACCGGCCGGAGUGGUAA